UAAAAACAAAACGAGCAAUAACAGUGAAGCCACGUCGACAUGAGGGGAAUAAUGCGGGCGGGCUCUUUCAGUUGGAAGACUGGAAGAAGUGGGAAGGAGCAAACAAAAUGAAAGUUGGGCGGAGAUUAGAUGCUCUUAAAGCUGUGAUCCGCUGAGCUUGGAGGUGUCUGCGGAUAUAAAGCAGAAGGUCUCAGGUUGAAGGAAGUCAUGUCCUCUCCUCCAAAAGAGAAGCCGGACACCAGAGCUGGUCAUCUGCCUGCCGUGAAGGCUGGAGGUAUGAGAAUUGUACAGAAGCAUCCACAUACUCCCCAUGGUGAUACUAAGGAGGAUAAAAAGGAAGAAGAGGAGAACUGGGAAAGUGGUACAGUACCACCUAAACCACCUCUGGUAAUAUCUGGUGCCAUUACAAGGGGUGACAAGGAUUUUCCCCCAGCAGCAGCCCAAGUAGCUCACCAGAAACCACAUCCAUCUGUUGAGAAACUGCCUCCUGUGCAGCAUGUAAACCAGCACAUUCAUCAGCCCCGCAAGUGAUUAGCCAGAUAUCGGGAUGAUUUAUCCAGAAAAUAUAUUUGAUUCCCAUAUAGUCUUCAUAAGGUUGCACAAUACCAGAAUGACAUGGAUCAAAAACUACAGAUGAAUAUUCCCUCCACAACCUAAUUGAACAGAAUAAAACCUGAUUUAUGCCUUUGUGGUACACAAUGUCAGAUGAUAUUUUUAUGUAAGAACUUGUUUUAUAUAAUUAAAAUUGUAGCUUAACAGUAA